UGAUUGUAUGGCAGUAAUUAGCUGUACAGAUAUGUGCUAACAUGUAGCUUUGCAGAGAACUCCUGUUGGUUUACUGCUAGGAACAUGACUUGCCAUUCUUCAUGCCUUCUUUUGGAAGCAGAAAUAGUUCAAAUUAGCAACGAUGUACAUUGUUCUGUUUUGUUCCCAAAAAUUUAAACUCAGAAAGCCUCGGAGUUUUCUUUCUCAGGUGAUGUGGAUGCUUUGGAACUGUGCUUUCGGGAGCUUACUAAUCAUUGGAAUUGCAAAGUAUUGUGAAGUUUGAGCACUGAUAUUGACGCAAUAUCCCCCAAAUCAGUUCAUGAUAUGAGAAAGAAAACAGAGAAGUACACAAUUCAAACCUGUUAAUAUAUUGUUAUCUAAGCGUCUUUUUUGUUUCGGAGUCAAACACUAAAACUUGCAACAGUAGAUGGGCAGUUUGUGCUGCUACCUAAAGCUAGGACUAGAGGUGUCCUUUUCCCGUACAUGAACUGUUUUCUUAGCUUGCAGCAAUGAUGAGAUUGAAGCAAAUCAUGCUGGUAGUUGCUCAGAUAAGCGGAGUAGAGCUGGUGCUGAUUGCUCAUCAUUAGCAGAGAGGAGAAUCUUCCAUCAGUUGGAUCACACUUGCAUUCUUCCAGAGGUCAGGUUCUGACAUGAUAUUGAAAGAACAACCUCUUCAGAAAUAUAGAAUAAAAUCCAGUGGCCAUGUCCUAAUUAAACGUCUGGAAUCUUUCAUCAGUUUCACACUUAACUCUCUCUCUAUUUUACUUAGACCAGGUGCAGUUGACCAUAUGCAUUGAGCACACCCUAGUAGUACCUACUAGUUUUCCUUUCUUCAGCAAAUAAUCAUGUGUCCUGACUUCUGCAUGGCCAUUUGUUUUUAACGAUUUCCAAUUCAUGAUUUUUAGGGCAGCCUGAUGAUAAGUUUACCUUCUCGCAUGCGUGCACAUGUCAAACCAGUGAAGUAGAAGGAAAUACAAGAUUCUGGUUUCACUGCAAAAGGGAGUAGAGUCCUUCAGAGUGUGCACUUUAUUUUUUCUAACUGUCAAGUUGCAGGUACUGCGCAACUAGUGAUGCCCAUUGUUUCGCUUUACAUUAGUUUAUCAUCCUAAGAGCAGAAUAUAAAAAAUGGAGCUCCCAAACUUAAAGUUAGCCUCGUAUCAAACCAUUGAUUAGAACAUUAGAGCUAACCCGUUGAACACGCUAAUACACAACUGAACCCUCAUCCAACCUCCUAUAUAUUUUCAAUGCCUCAUAAGUCUUUGCACCAAGCCAGGGAGCAGGAGCAGCACCAGCCUAAGACAAGAGAGACCAACACUGGCAAUGGGUGAACACAGCAGGGCAAGUAGCAACAAGAUCAGAGACAUUGUGAGGCUGCAGCAGCUCCUCAAGAAGUGGAAGCGGCUCGCGCUUGCACCGAAAGCCGGCAAGCACGGUGGCAGCUGUGCUGCUGCUGGCGUCCCGAAGGGCUUCUUCGCUGUGUGCGUCGGGGAGGAGAUGAAGAGGUUCGUGAUCCCCACGGAGUACCUUGGGCACUGGGCGUUCGAGGAGCUACUCAGAGAGGCAGAGGAGGAGUUUGGGUUCCAGCACGAGGGUGCCCUGAGGAUCCCCUGCGAUGUUGAGGUGUUUGAGGGCAUCCUGAGGCUGGUGGGAAGGAAGGAGGAUGCUGCGUGCUACUGUUCUUCAGAGCGUGAGCUCUUGUGCAUAUGAUGUUCUCUACUUUUUCUCGUUGUCCAUAUGUUCCAUUCUUGGUUCUUAACUCUUCUAAGGAGAAGAGGAGGAAGAGUUCGUCACCUAUGAGCUUCGCGGUUUGUAUAAGAGGAUGAAAUGAAGGAGUCGCAUUCUUUUUGAGUAAAAAUUGAAAGACUCAUAUCAGAUAUCUUAGGUAAAAUCCUGUAUUAAUAGCAAUUCACUUAUUUUUGCCUUCGUUUUCUGUGUAAGCAGUAGUUUUAGUUUAUCUUCAUUGCUCAAGUCCA